ACGGGGGCGGCCGGGGCCGGGGUGGGCGGUGCAGGGUGGCCCCCAGCCGCGAGGGUCGAGCCCCGGUGCCAGCCGCCCUGCGCGGAACCAACGCCGCCUUUCUGGUGGGCGAGGAGGGAAACGGGGAAGGGGGGUGGGGGGGCAUGGAUCAGCGCCUCCCUCCCACGCCCCGCUAUUUCCCCCGCGCGCACCUUCCCACGCGUGUCCGUGCUCCGCCGCGGGCCGCGCCGCCGCCGCCAACCCGAAACCCACGAGGAAACGAUUCGGGCAAAAGAAACUCCCAGAUCUGAGCGACGGGGUUCAGCCGAUCGUGAGAAACCAGAAGAAUCUCAGAGACUUUGAUGAUAAAUUGGGGACGCCCCCAGGACUCAGGACCGGAGGAGAGAUGGCCAAUCCUGUCCCGUCAGCCUGCUGCGUGGUGCUCGCCGCGGUGGUGGUGGUGUACGCUCAGAGGCACAGCCAGCAGGACAGCCACAUCCAGUAUGAGCGGGUAGGUGCCGAUGUGACCAUGAAGUGUGGCUCCAUGGACUGGGAUGCAGCUGUGACCUGGACGGCCAAUGGCACCGACAUCGAUGACUCCCACCUAAAUGGGUCCUACCUGAUCCUGAAGAACGUGGACCUGACACAGAGUGGCCAGUACUCCUGCUAUGAGGGCUCCUCCUGGCACCUCAAGUACCAGACCUACCUUAGGGUGGGAGUCCCCCCAAAAGAGCCACUGCUGACGUGUCGGUCCAACAACUACCCGAAGGGUUUCUACUGUGUCUGGCACCUGCCCAGCCCUACCUACAUCCCCAACUCCUUCAACAUCUCUGUCAUACAUGGCACAAGAGAGAUGGUCUGUGAGAAGGACAUCUUCCCCAAAAACAGGUGUCACAUCAGAUACCUCCAGCUCUUCUCAACAGUGAAGUACAAGGUGACUCUGACAGUCACGAAUGCUCUGGGCAAAAGCUCCACCACUCUCACCUUUGACGAGUUCGCCAUAGUAAAGCCAGAUCCUCCAGAGUUCGUGGUGGCCAAGCCUGUGCCCAAUAACCCUCGGCGGCUGGAAGUGUCAUGGCAGAAUCCUUCAUCCUGGCCUGACCCUGAGUCCUUCCCACUCAAGUUCUUCCUGCGCUAUCGACCCCUCAUCCUGGACCAGUGGCAGCACGUAGAGCUGUCGGAUGGGACGUCACACACCAUCACAGAUGCCUAUGCUGGCAAGGAGUACAUCAUCCAGGUGGCCGCCAAAGACAAUGAUAUUGGAACGUGGAGCGACUGGAGUGUAGCUGUGCAUGCCACCCCCUGGACAGAGGAGCCCAAGCACCUCACCACGGAGGUCCAGAUCACAGAGACGACGAGCACCAGCACUUCCUCUUUCAUGCCACCCCCCACCACCAAGAUCUGUGACAAGGGGGCCGGUGUGGGCAGUGGGGCCGUGGCAGUGUGUUGGACAGCUGGACUGGUCUUGGCGGCCUAUGGUGUACUCUUUAUUUAAUCCCCAUCCGUCGCAGCCCAGCGGAGUCAACCUCCCACAGCCACCACCACCGCCACCACCACACUCCCUCCUCACCCUGCCCGUUUUGAGUCUCUUUAUCUCUUCGAUUUUGCACACGUUGAGGACGUAUCACGCUUCUCGCCGUCGCUGCGGAGGAGGACAGAGCCACCAUCCCUCCCUCCAGGGGGACCUGCCCCAAAAAACCUCGCCAAGAGCCCAGAGCGAGGACACGCACUUGUCCCCAUGUCACCCACCCCGUCUCCACUCCCAGCAAGGCGCAACGAGCCCGGGCACCGUGCUGCAGCCCUGGACCCUGCGGGCCAGCCCCGCCAUCGCUCAUACAGCUAACCCGCCACGCCAAAGACGUGCCACUGCCGCUCCACCAUGCCAUCGGGAUGCGGGUGAUAGAGAGCGUGAUGGCACGCUCGGAAGAGGGGACGGGAAACAGGGACAGGGAUGGAGGGAUGCUCUCAACCUGUGG